CUCUCUUCCCACAUUCCCACCUCUCCGCAUUCCCCGCCCUUCAGAAGUAACUUAUGUCCACCACAACAGCACCCAAGAGCGCUCCGCUGACCCGGGUAUCGGGCAAGGCCUGGAAGAUUGCCAAAAAGCCGACCAACCGCACCAUGAUGUCCAAGACCCUGUCAAAGUCCUGGGCGAAGCGCCAGCAGGAGCGCAUAGACAAGAGCUCCACCCGUCUGGCCGAACAGGAGCUGCAGGCCGAAAAGAAGGCCGAGAAGGACGCCCACCGCAACAAGAUCAUUGAGCGCCGGAAGAAGGCUGCCGAGAAGGAGGCCAAGGAGAAGUACGACCGGGAGAUGUCGGCGCGGAAGCGCAUGCGGAUGAAGCGCAAGGAGCUGAAGGCCCGGGCUCACGCCAAGCACUAGCUCUUCCUCACCCCCAUGUUUCUGUGUCUUCAAAAUGUACCUUUUUCUGUGCCCAAUGUACCUGCUGCACUUAUCCCCUCGGCUGCACAUGUGCUGCAACAAUACCCG